UUGUAACAUUAAAAAAUGGUGCACGUAUACGUGGUGUUAAUGAACUGGUUCCAGGUAAAAAACCAAUGUAUUUUUUUCGUACAAUACGUUAUGGUGAAAUCAAGGAAAGAUUUGGCCUACCACAACCAGCUAAACAAUGGAAUGAUAUUUAUGAUGCAACUUAUUUUCGUAAUGGUUGUCCACAAAAUUUACCAUUCAUAUCAACCGAAGAAGAUUGUCUUUUUCUUAAUAUUUGGACACAUAAUAUCUAUUCAUCAUCAUCAUCAUCGAAAAAUCUUCUUAGACCGGUAAUUUUUUAUAUUCCUGGUACUGGAUUUGAUUUUGGCAAUAUAAAAUUUCUUCUCAGUAAAUUAUUUGAUGGUAGUAAUUAUGUGGAUUUUGGUAAUUUUGUUUUUGUAAGCAUACAACAUCGUUUGGGUCCAUUUGGUUUUCUUUAUUCGGGUAAUGAACGUGCACCAGGUAAUCAAGGUGUUCAUGAUAUAAUUCUCGGUCUACAAUGGGUUAAAGAAAAUAUUGAUCGAUUUGGUGGCAAUCCAAAUGAUAUAACAUUGAUGGGUUUAUCAUCCGGAUCGAUGGCUAUAUCAACAUUAAUAUUAUCACCAUUAGCCCGUGGACUAUUUCAUAGAGGAAUUAUGAAUUCUGGUUCAAUAAGUGAUUAUUAUAAUUAUUCACCUGAACGUAUGUUAAAUUUUUCAAAAAAAUAUGCCCAAAAAUGUAAUUGUCCGGUAGAUAAUCCUGAUCAUAUGAUUGAUUGUUUGCAAAGUAAAUCGGUAAAUGAAUUAAUCGAAUUACGAUCAUCAUUUAAUCUUUCUGCCUUAUUCACUGGAAAUGUAUUUCUAAUGAUGUAUGGUGAUCAGCAAAAAUUAUUACCUGAACAACCAAGUAAAAUGUUGGCCAAUAAUGAUUAUAAUCCAGUUGAUUUAAUUUCAGGUUUUAAUAAUGGUGAACAAGGUGUUUAUCUGAAUAAUUACUUUAAAGAAUUAAGAAUUGAUUCAAGAAAAAUGAAUAUCAAUGAUGUUAAACAAUCAUUCUACAAAUUUUGUAAAAUAGUUGAACAUAUGUCUGAAUUUUGUGAUAAAAUAUUCCAAUUUUUUACACGUAAUAUGAAUGAUAAUCCAUUUCGAUCCGAUGUUCAAAAAGCAUUAAGUCAUGUAUUAUCUGAUUCAAUUUUUACAUGUCCAUCAUAUUUAUUUACACAAAAAUAUGCACGUGCUUUAGCCAGAAAUUCAUCCAAUUCUAAUCAUAAAGUUUAUUCAUAUCGUUAUGAUCAUCAUUCACCAUAUAUGUCAUUAUUAUUUUGUCCAAAACGAUUAGGUAUUUGUCAUGGAACUGAUUCACCAAUAUAUUAUGGUUUGGCUUAUUAUACACGUAUCUUGUCGUUUGUAUUUACCGCUACGGAUAAAAAACUAAGUUAUCAUGUAAUGAAAUCAUUUAGUAAUUUUAUUGAAAAUAGUGAACCUGGCCACUUUAUGGAUAAUCUUGAAUGGCCGGAAUUUCGUUCAAUUGAAUCAAAUGGUGGAAAAAAUAUUUCCUGGAAACAAAUGGCCAUCGAUAGUAAACCUCGUAUUAUCACGGAUGCUUAUGUUGAACAAUGUCGAUUUUGGGAACCAUUUCUUUCCGUUGAUGAUCCUAUCAACUAAAUUUUCAACAACAACAAAAAAACUUAACACAUUGUUUUAACAAACCCUAAUUAGAUUUAUUUGUUACUGAACAAAUACCGACAUUACCAAUUUCAAGUUUCUUUUUGUCCUCUUUUUUUUAUUCAUUAUUAUACAACCAUUGAACAGACAAACAGCAUAAUAAA